AUGCGUACAACUCUAAGAGCUUAUCUGACCCGUCCAAACGUUCCUCUCAGCGUACACUCCGAAGCCACUUGCGCUCAAGUGCGGACCGAUGACGCAGCACAAAAUUGGCCGCCGAUAGACCAGUGGGGGAUCUGGGGAGACUUCAAUAUUGACAAUAUCGAAACUCUGUUCGGAACUCUACUUGACACCACCUUUGAAGUUGCGGAUCCACCCCCACCUCUGAACUCAAUGCGCUGUCUUCGUCAUGAAAGUCACCUCGAUUUCAUUCUGAUACGACAGAACAGUGUUAUUGUCAACGAAGCACUACGGGUCGCCUGCAGUCAUCUAGGCCUACGCCAGGUGGAAUGGAUACGAGGCGGAAAAAACUCUGGAGAUGGAGGACUCCCAGACUGGAGUGGCAUCCUGGUGUCUGAUUCCAACAAUGAGGAGAACAUCGUUCCUGGGGAUACAAAGCUCACCAAAGAUGUCUUCAAACCUGCGACUGACAAGCCAAGUUCGAAGCUAGACUCCGAUAACCUACCUGUAUCAGAUAAAAAGGAUACCAAAACUGAGCUAGCUCGGUCGUGUUUACAGCAGGUCAACCACUAUGCCCAUAGCUACAACGCCCGAUAUUUCUAUGUUAUCACCAACAAAGAGCUACUUCUGUGCCGUAGGACGACGGAUUCACCUCAUGGUACUCCCCUCGCCACCCGGAGGACAAGGAGAACAACAGUCACGGAUCCCAAUACCACUCCCAACCGGCAGAUUGCCCUUUAUCAAUCAUCGUCGACUUCGAUCACUAGGCGAGACAGAUCUUCAGCCGGUACCUCUGUCUCACCGGCUCAGUCAUCUGGUGGUCAAUCAACGCCACCUUGGACCUCUGGGCAGAACAGACCUACAACCGAACAGACCUACAGCCGGUACCUCUAUCUCACCGGCUCAGUCAUCUGGUGGUCAAUCAACGCCGCCUUGGACCUCUGGGCGAGACAGACGUAG